AUGCCGAAGCAAGAGUUCAACCCACUCGACUACACCGGUCCCAUUGUCGUCGGAUUGAUUUUUUGCGUUCUGCUCUUCAUCAUCUCGUUCUUUGUGAUCAACUUCUUCUGCAUCACCAAGUACGACGAUAUCACCAAGUUCGAACUGGUCAGCGGCUCCUUCUUGGGUUGUGAAUAUCAUCCAUCUAAUUUUCAGUUCGGCGGCAGACACGGUCUCCGUCUCGGCCCACACUCGCUCGUGGUUGUCCGUAAGGGAGGAUUCGUUUCCCAGGAAGACGAUGAUGAGGCCCAGCAGUGA